AUGCCCUCGCUCAUUCGAUCCUUCCCUGUACCCCAUUACGUGCCAUACUCGCACAAUGGCAUGCCGGGGACAAUAGUAGACUUGGACUCGACAAAUACCAAGCCCCGAAGCACAAGGACAUCACGAUCGUCGAACCGAGAUAGCGCUGACUACUCGAUCCGGUCUUACAAAUCUUCAAAGUCCUCGAAGUCCUCGCAGGAGAGCAUAACCCCAUUGGCUGGGUCCUUACAUGUUCAGAUCGAAUCGCCACCGAUUGUCUGCUACGGACCGGCCAGCGAGUCUAGUGGAGCUUUGCUAUCCGGCAUGCUAUGGUUAACUGUUGCGCCGUGGGAAAUAGACUUGGAAAGCCUCAAGUUGACCUUUCAAUCUACAGUCACAACGAAGAAGCCAGUUGUAUUUGGCUGCCCAGACUGCACUUCGAAGACAACAGAUCUUAACACAUGGGAUUUCGUUACGGGUACGCACCCGGUAUCGCAUGGUUUACACAGCUAUCCAUUCAGCUACCUCGUACCCGGAAACCUCCCAGCCACAACAGACUCUCAAUUGGGGUCGAUAAAGUAUCAUCUCUCCGCCCGCGGUGUCACAAACCACGGCGAGAUCCUUCAAUUCGCCCAAGAAAUCAAAGUUGCCCGCUCGAUCCUCGAAGGCAAUGACAGGAACUCACUAAGAAUCUUCCCGCCAACAAACCUUUCGGCCACAUUGACACUCCCCUCGGUCAUCCACCGUGGUGGAAAUUUCCCCGUGGAAAUGCGCCUCGAAGGUGUCGUCACCCGUACCAAUUUCACCAGAUGGAAGCUCCGCAAGGCCACUUGGAGAAUUGAAGAAAAAUCCAAAAUCAUCUCCCCAGCAUGCAAAAUCCACGCCCACAAGAUCGGAGGCGAAGGGAAAGGUGUCAAAUACGAAGACAUCAAGGUCCUAGCAACCGAAGAAUACAAAACCGGCUGGAAAUCCGACUUUGACACCUCGGACGGAAAAGUUGAAUUCGGUUUCACCGCCGGAAUCCCAGCAUACAUCACAUCCACCGAUGAUGUCGACAAUACCACCGGCCUCACCGUUUCUCAUAACCUCGUCGUCGAAUUAAUCGUAGCGGAAGAAUACUGCCCAAAGAACAGCAAACUCGUCACCCCCACCGGUAGCGCAAGAGUUCUAAGAAUGCAAUUCAACAUGAACACCACCGCCCGUGCAGGUAUGGGUAUCUCUUGGGAAGACGAAUGCCCACCACGAUACGACGACGUUCCCCAAUCUCCACCAACAUAUCAAACUCUAGUCUGCGAAUCUCAGUCCGUGGAAGAUCUCCACAGCAUCUAA